UUCUUCAUAGAGGAUCUCCGUUACUACAGCUCCCCCUGCGUCUGCUCCCUCCUCAUCCUCCUCCUCCUACUCCACGCUCCUCUCUCUCUCUCUGAGCUCGAGCCGUUUUAACGUGCGCGAGGCGACUGGCACUUAAGCGCUAGGCGGUUCCCCCCUCUCCCCUUCACUUCAGUCAACAUGGCCACACUUGUAACCUCGACCAGGUUCACAGACGAGUACCAGCUGUACGAGGAACUCGGAAAGGGUGCCUUCUCUGUUGUCCGCCGCUGCAUCAAGAAAUCCGCCGGGCAGGAGUAUGCCGCUAAAAUUAUCAACACAAAAAAGCUAUCAGCCAGAGAUCACCAGAAACUGGAGCGGGAGGCAAGGAUUUGUCGUAUGCUUAAACAUCCAAACAUAGUGCGACUGCACGACAGCAUCGCAGAGGAAGGCUUCCAUUACCUCGUCUUUGACCUUGUCACAGGAGGAGAGCUGUUUGAGGAUAUUGUUGCUAGAGAAUACUACAGCGAGGCAGAUGCCAGCCACUGCAUCAGUCAGAUCCUGGAGAGCAUCAGUCACAUCCAUCAGCAUGAUAUCGUCCACCGAGACCUCAAGCCAGAGAACCUUCUCCUCGCCAGUAAGAUGAAGGGAGCAGCUGUGAAGCUUGCAGACUUCGGUCUAGCCAUCGAGGUGCAGGGGGACCAACAGGCCUGGUUUGGUUUUGCUGGAACUCCAGGAUAUUUGUCUCCAGAGGUUUUGAGAAAGGACCCGUACGGCAAGCCGGUGGACAUUUGGGCAUGCGGUGUGAUCCUGUACAUCUUGCUGGUGGGCUACCCUCCCUUCUGGGAUGAGGACCAACACAAACUCUACCAGCAGAUUAAGGCUGGCGCUUACGAUUUUCCUUCUCCAGAGUGGGACACAGUGACCCCUGAGGCCAAGAAUCUGAUCAAUCAAAUGUUAACGAUUAACCCCGCCAAACGAAUCACCGCUGAUCAAGCCCUGAAGCACCCCUGGGUCUGUCAACGCUCCACUGUGGCCUCAAUGGUGCAUCGUCAAGAGACCGUUGAAUGUCUGCGCAAGUUCAACGCCAGGAGGAAACUGAAAGGAGCUAUCCUCACUACGUUGCUGGUGACCAGGAACUUUUCAGUGGGACGGCAGCACACCAGCCCUGCUGCUACCACCAGCACGGCCGCAAUGGCUCAGGAAGGGUGUAAAACCGUACUAAACAAAAAGGCUGACGGUGUAAAGAAAAGGAAGUCCAGCUCAAGUGUUUGUUUGAUGUCGCAGGGAAACAGUAAAAACAGUGUAGUCAGCAGCACCAGCACCAAAGACAGCAGCGUAUCAUCUUCAGCACCAAUGGAAGCCCAGGCAACCGUUGUACACAACCCAGCAGACGGCACCAAGGGCUCCACAGAAAGCUGUAAUAAUGCAGAAGAGGAGGAGAUGAAAGGUAGGAAAGCUUGUAAACAAGAAAUAAUAAAGAUGACGGAGCAACUGAUUGAAGCCAUCAACAAUGGAGAUUUUGAGGCUUACACGAAAAUCUGUGACCCCGGACUGACCUCUUUUGAACCAGAGGCUCUAGGAAACCUGGUGGAGGGGAUGGAUUUCCAUAAGUUCUACUUUGAAAAUCUUCUGAGUAAAAACAGCAAACCAGUGCACACCACCAUCCUCAACCCCCACGUCCAUCUGAUUGGCGAGGAUGCCGCCUGCAUCGCUUACAUCCGUCUGACGCAGUAUAUCGAUGGCCAAGGUCGGCCGCGCUCCUGCCAGUCGGAGGAGACGCGCGUGUGGCAUCGUCGCGAUGCCAAAUGGCUCAACGUGCAUUUCCACUGUUCGGGAGCCCCGGCUACACCGCUGCAGUGAACGGACAACCCAGGCCUGGGUUUGCCUGACACUUUAAAGCCGUUUGGAGCAUUUACUCUCCGUGGUCGGAGCAGAGUGUGGAUCCUGGCUGGGACGAGUCUGCUUGGAAAACACAAAAGUGGGAAAAAUAUAUUCCAAUCUUAAAAAAAAAAUAAAAUAAAGGAUAAACAAACCAAACGAGCAUAUUUUAUAAGCUUGAACGAUGACCGACCAACACCACUCCAGUCCAUCCCUUACUAGAUGGCGUUGGGGCUCAGCUGAUGUCAGCCCCCUCCUGCUGAUGGUGCAUGUUUUUGAUGGUAACACUGGGUGAUGCUCUCCUGGAUGGCCUUUCUCUCCCCGUCUGUUUUGUAUGCCAUGUGGAAAAGUAUUAAUGUGUCAAGAUAUAUAAAUACUUAGAAUUAUUGAAACACUUCACACACACACACACACACACAGAUCUGGAACAGCAGAACUCUGUUCUGUACAUUUUUCAGCUAACUGGUUUAUUAAUGUGAGAGUGGGGUUACUGGGAAUGAGAGCAGCUUAACUCUAAUACCAGUUUUAGGAGUGGGGGCGUUUUGCAUCUGCACGGUGUUGUAAGGUUUCAUUUCACUGAAGGGACUUCUUGUUUGCCUUUUCUGAAAACUUAAAAGCUUUGAUUUUUGGUUGUUUUUUUUUUGGGGGGGGGGGUCCUGAGUACAUUUUUUCAUGCAAAUGGGGUAUUAUUUAAACAGAACUAUCUAUAAAUAUAUAUUUAUGCUGGGAAAGAUGGGAAAUUGUUUUUAAUUUUUGGGGUGAAAGGAAUUUAGCCUGUAGAAUCUGUGCUUUUUGUUUUGUUUUCCCCUUUUGUGCUUGAGGUAUUUAGGUGUAAACACACACACACACACUCUCUCUCUCUCUGCUUCACCCCUGAUAUCCAGUCUUGAGCUUUAGACAACAGUUGAGGCCAGCUCAUCUGAAGUUGCAGGAGGACUCCCAUCUGUCUAGCCUGCAGUGUUUCACAUCAAACACAAGGUGGUGCUGUUGGCAAAGUCAAGUUCCUUACAUUCCCAUCUGUGUGUAUGUUAUGAGGUGAAGCAUGAUUUAUUAACCUAUCGAAUGGCCUGUACUGUUUUUUGCACACUUAAGACUCGAUGCUGUUGUGUUUGCUCUUCAGAAGGAGUGAACCUUUCUGCAACUUCAGGUUACGCUCGCCAAAACCUCUCCUCCACCCUACCUCUGCCUUUCUACUUCCGUCAUUCCUCCUCCUUAUCCUCACAGCCCCGUUUCUGUGUACCAAAUCACUCGUCUCUUGUUCUGAUGCUGUUUAAAUUUGUAAAUUGUUUGUCUUGGCUUGCUGUACUUGGGUGUGAAGUCCUGGUGUUCUAAAAAGCAUGUGAAGGCUUGAUGGGAACAAAGCUGUGGGAUGUUCUCUGAAACGGACGAAGGGAUUUGGGCCUUUUUCAAGUCGCUUUUCUGUUCUGAAUGUUGUCGCUGUAACUGGUUUUGUUGUGUUUUACCCAAAAAAAAAAAAAAAAAAGAGAAAGUUUGAAACAAUCAAUGUCUGGGACUUUUGAAAUGACCCUCAACACACCGAAUGCGGAAGUCUCCCGUUUCCAAUCCGAUUCUUGGAAUUACAGAAGCACACGAGAUCAAAGAUUUUCCCCUGGGAAGGAGAAACUCUUCUGUGUCAGUGGUUGAACCGUUGUAUCACUGUGUCGUCAGAGCUUUGUGACUUAGUCCUGGAGGACGGGUGAGGCUUGCCAUGGCUCCCAUCUGCACCAGGCUGCUUUGUAGUAACUUGUGCACCUUUUGAGUUGUUGCAGAAACCACCGUGACAUAUCACCUGUGUGUACCGGCGCUGUGGGACUUUUUAAAGAUACCCGUCCACCUGUGCAUACUGCCAGACAUAUCCAACCUGCCAUGAAAGCUGUGUCCUGUUUGCACCAUGAGAACGCUUUUGUAAAUCUGAAACAGUUUGGCGUUUUUUAUGGUUCUGAGUACGUGUUUGUCAUGUGGGCGACCAUGUGGUUGCGCGUCGAUGCCUCGAGUCUCGACUGUUUGGCUUUGCUUUCUGAACGUGGUGUGUGUGCAUUUCUACACGAUGAGGGGAAUGUUUCAGUGGAAGUGAGAAAGAUGCAAAUUUGUUUUAUUGGUCAUCAAAAUGGUUUGAGGGGUGGCCUACGAAGCAAAAAUCAUGCAUAUGUUACUUUUAUCUUUGGUGUCCACAAUAUUUUAUCACCAUGGUAACCAACUUGCUCCAGAAGAGCUUUAGGGAGACGUUUCAGAUCUUCUGGUGUUCCUGUGAAGUCUAACCUUCAGAGAACACUCGUAUCUGCACUCCAAUCUCAAAAAUACCAACAGUUCAUGGAAAUGCUAUUUUAUAAGGGUUUAAACCACAUUUUCUUGAAGCAUAAACUAGUUCCAUCUGAACUCGAACCAUAGCUCCCAUUUAAAACUGGUUUAUCAUAAUCCCAUGUGUGGGUUUUAGCUGCACGCAUCACUAUUUACAAAUCGACAUAGUUUGAGUCACCAAAUUCUGCAGCUUUGAGCAAAGAGAAAGACUUUUUAGCGAUCAAACUCAACCAUAGAACUAGAUUUAGGGACGUCAACAGGAUUUCAUCUGUUUGGUCCAACAGGAAUAGAUGAAUCAAACCUGUGUGAGCUGUAGGACUUGACUAAGCUGAACAGUUUCUGUAGUAAGAUAUUUGAUCUCGCUGAUCUUCUAGUUAAACACAAGAUGUUUGUAAAAGUACAUAUUGCUGAAAGCAAUGAAAUUCUUCCUAUGCUAUUGGCUCACAAAGUGCUUUUACUUCCUAAACGUAUAUUUAAAAUAAAUUGUUCUAACGCAAUAAAAUAGGUGAGAAAAGUAACAAUUUACUGCAAUAACAGUGUUUUAUUUAUGUGGCUGUCUAAUUAGUGACACUUGACAGUAAAACGUCUUAGUGGAUCAGCAGAUUAUAUUUAUAACGGAUAAUGAUUAAAUUACUUUAGAGUUUAUUUCCAAAAGCUUAAAAAAACAAAAGGAAAAUGUUACGUUUGUCGAGUUCACCGCAUCUUUCCCAUUUAGUGUUUAAAUCCUUUAGAUUUAUUAACACAUUUCAUAUUUUCUUUUGUUUUUUUUAUAGCAACAGUUUUUUUGCAGUUCAUUUUCACAGAACCCGGAAAACACGCCCAGAUUCUGAAGAGGAAAGCUAAGUUUAGCAUUUUUUCAUGGAAACAAAUCUUAUAUUAGCUUCGUAGGUCAUCCCUCUGAACUGAUUUAAAUAACCGUUGUUUAUCAAAGUAUUUAAACAAAUACUUGAUCGUUUUGUUAAGUAAAUAUACAACAAAAGUCUCCUGCUCUGAUGUUACGGGGCACUUUUAAGCUGCUGGUAAGAGAAUAAGUUUGAAUAAUGUUUGCUUCUAACUAAACUGAAAUGUGGGAAUUGAAUGCUUCGAGCCUACGCCAUCUUUAACAGCAACACUAUAUAUGCAGUUUUACAGAUGGGAGAAUUAUGCAUGUGUACUUUCUGGUCAUUUUUCACUGUUGACUUGAUAAAGAAAUAGAAGUUUGUUAGUUGCAUCCUCGAGGUUAUAACAUGGUUGUUUAAAUUUCAAAAUAAAAGUGGUGUUAUGUCACAUUAAAAUGCAUUGAAGACUAGAAAAAGCCUUAGCUUGACUGUGCCCUUUUGAAAGUGAGCGUAAUAAAAUGUAACAUGACCAUAAGGGGCUUCGUGUUUAAAGUCAGUUGGAUGCUGGAUCAUUUUUGCAUGACCAUACAAUUAAUAAAAUUCUAUAUUGAAA